AGUGCGGUUGAACCGAAAACACGGCUAGUGUUUGUAAACUAUGGUGAAUGAUGGACUCUAUAUGUGACCAAUUUUUUCAUAAUUCUUCUUCUUUAAAUAGAAAGUAAUAAUGGAAUUUGAUAUAACGCGCACAAGGCCAUCGCUGUUUGGAGAAAUAGCACAUGGUUUGGGCUUCUGGACCGAUCGUUCUGCAGUGCACGAGGCUGCGGCUCAAGGCAGAGCUAUGCAGCUCCAAAAGCUGAUCGAAAACGGGGCAUCUGUCAACAUUGUGGCUGUGGACUCUAUUACACCUCUCCAUGAGGCCUGUAUACAGGGCCAAACACAGUGUGUCAAACUUCUCCUGGAUGCUGGAGCUCAUGUCGAUGCUCGUAACAUAGACGGCAGCACUCCUUUAUGUGACGCCUGUGCUGCUGGUAGUCUGGAGUGUGUUAAGUUGCUGUUAGAACAUGGAGCCAAAGUUAACCCUCCUCUCUUCACCUUCUCUCCACUGCAUGAGGCCUGCAUGGGCGGUAACUCUAAAUGUGUACAGCUCAUGAUCGAUGAAGGUGCACUUAUGGAGGCCCAUGACUGCCACUUUGGCACUCCUCUGCAUGUGGCGUGUGCCAGGCAGCAUCUAGACUGUGUCAAAGUUCUGCUUAUUGCAGGUGCAAAUGUAAAUGCUGCCAAGCUUCAUGAGACAGCACUGCAUCAUGCUGCCAAAGUGAAAAAUCUGGAACUAAUUGAGCUUCUAGUAGAAUUUGGGGGAAAUGUUCUCGCCAAAGACAACCUCGGCAAAAAGCCCAUUCAGUACACCAGAGCUGGUUCACCAUUUGCCCUAUGCCUAGAGUUUUAUGAAUCCACACCCCUGAGUCUUCAGCAGUUGUGCAGAAUUGCUCUAAGAAAUGCACUUGGGAAAAGAGCAUUGGGGGUGUUCACUCAACUGGGCCUCCCAAAUCGAAUCAUCUGUUUCCUGUCUUAUUUACCAGCCCCUCCCCUGGACCUCUUCCACUCUUGACAGUCUGCUACUCUGUUUCUGUCCAAGUCAUCCAUAAUUGACUCAAAACUGACUGUGUUUGAGAAUAAGCGGCUUAGAAAGUUGGUUUCCAGGAGUAAUGAGAUUUCUCUUUGUGAAGCACAGCUACUGUAACAGCUGCACUCAGUAUGUAUCACGUAUUUGUUGAUUUUCUCCUCCCUGCUGAAGCAGGCAACCAGUAGAAGACGUGGUCACUUGGUAUGGAUGCCCUUUCACAAAAAGUAACAUCUGCAUUGGCAUCUUUUUGCUGCAGACACAUCUUGUACAACACAAGACUUCGAGCGAAUUGUUUUCUUACUGUUUUGUCAAGGUUUAAAAUUACGUCUAUCUGAUUGAUCAAAAUCAGUUAUAUAAAAAACAUCUAUAGUCUGUGUAUGUUUUCAUUUACGUUAUCUGAUUUGUAAAUACAUUGUAUAUAAAACAGUCUUAUUGUAAAUCAGGUUUUGUAUGAGGUAUGCAAUUUUACUAUAUUUUACCUAGUUCUCAUUUAUGUGUUUAUAUACACUGGCUGCCAAAAGUUUGGAAUAAUGCUGAUUUUGCUCUUAUGGAAAGAAAUUGGUACUUUUAUUCACAGUGUAUAGUCAGGACAUUAAUAAUGUGGAAAAUUACUAUUACAAUUUGAAAUAAAUAUGUUCAGAACUUCUUAAACUACUUCAGAUUUCUCAUCAAAAAAUCCUUCAUGUGCAGCAAUGACAGGUUUGCAGAUCCUCGACAUUCUAGCUGCCAGUUUGUCCAGAUACUCAGGUGACAUUUCACCCCACACUUCCUGUAGCACUUGCCAUAGAUGUGGCUGUUUUGUCGGGCACUUCUCUUGCACCUUACAGUCUAGCUGAUCCCACAAAGAUCCAUAACACUCUUUUCCAAUUAUCUGUUGUCCAAUGUCUGUGUUUCUUUGCCCACUCUAACAUUUUCUAAAGUGGCUUUUCUUCUCUUUUGAGUCUUCUCUUUUCUGUUAUACAUGAUGUUGUUGAGCAUGUAGAAUUAAAUGAAGCUAUCAGCUGAGGACAUGUGAGGUGUCUAUUUAUCAAACUAGAGACUCUGAUGUACUUAUCCUUUUGUUUAGUUGUACAUCUGGCCUUCCACAUCUCUUUCUGUCCUUGUUAGAGCCAGUUGUCCUUUGUCUUUGAAGAAUCUUCAUUUUUUUGGCAAUUUCAAGCAUUGUAUAGCCUUCAUUCCUCAAAACAAUCAUUGACUGAUGUUUCUAGAGAAAGCUGUUUCUUUUUUGCCAUUUUUGACCUAAUAUUGACCUGAAGACAUGCCAGUCUAUUGCAUACUGUGGCAACACCAAGACAAACGCAAAGAUAAUGUUCAGCUUCACUUAAUGAACCAAAUGGCUUUCAACUAUGUUUAAUAAAAUGAAGUGAUUUUCUAGUAUUAAAUGAUCAAUUUAGCAUGAUUACUCAAGGAUAAAGUGUUGGAGUGAUGGCUGCUGGAAAUGGGGCCUGUCUAGAUUUGAUCAAAAAUAACUUUGAUCAAAUGUUUUUCACAUCAAGUAUCAACUUCCGAAUGAAACAUAAAAAUCUGUUCAUUAUUCCAAACCUUUGGCUGCCGGUGUGUGUAUAUGUAUAGUGCAAAUGCUUAAAUGCAUUAUUUAAUUUUUCCUGUUUUACGUGGGUUAUUUUAUGAUACUGACUAUUCUUUCUGUUUGCAAUCUAAAUUGUAAUAGAAAAUAAUUAUACAUUUAAGUUGUCAUUAAAUUGCAACGCAAUUGAAAUUUUCUAUAACAAUAUUCCAUUCGUUUUUAUGUUACACACAAAUUCAUCUUCCAAGUUGUCCUCCUAUCAACAGUGUAUUUCAUAUUUAAA